GUUUCAGCAUGUCUACAUGUGGAACGGCGCCACCACUGCCGUUGCGAAGCACGCCUUCAGCGCAACCUUCGGCAUCCACGACGACGCUACGGUAGCAGUCCAGGACGACGCCAUGCCCGACGUAUUUGACGACAACGGCAUGUGCCAAGACAUGGCAGACACCGCGGCUAUCCAAGACGACUUCGGCCUACUUGAACAGGACGACAAUGGCAUCGAGCAAAACGCGGGCGACAACGGCAACGAUGUCAUCCCUGAUAUGGACAUCAUUGAUGACGACGGCAUUCACGACCAGCCCCGCCAUCGCGACCAGCUUGGCCAGCCCGCCGACGACCAGAAGGAUCACGAGCUGGAG